UUUAGACACUCCACCCGCCUGGGCUACCAUGUAAUACAAAAGUAUACAACGAAGUAUUUCCCGCGCUGUUCUGCAUUGUCUAUAGUUCAGUAACGCCAAAUCCUUAAAAUGGCAGGAGUAGUGGACGUCCCAAAACCGAGAAUAAACUGCUCAAUGCUGUUGCAGCACAUUAGCAGACCGGUCUGCUUUGUUGGACGCGUUGAGAAGGUACACCCGACAGGAAAAACGUUCACCGUCUCCGAUGGAGAAGGAAAGAUCGCAACAGUGGAACUUAACGAGCCCCUUGAAGAGGAGCUGAGUGGCAUUGUGGAGGUGAUUGGUAUCGUGUCCACCAAGGGAGUCAUAAUGGCCUCAAUGUACAACAUGCUACGAGAGGAUAAAGGCAUCCUUUUUGAUUUAGAUCUCUAUAAUGAAGCCCUGAAGGUCAUCCAUGAUUUCCCCCAGCACUACCCUUUUCAAGUGGCUUCAAGUGGAUGAGCACUCACGUUCAAAGAUUGUGUACUAAAGUUGUUGGUUUUUGUGCCUAAUUUCUGUAAGAAUAGAUUUGCACAAAUCUGUAAUAUCAAGUUUUUGCAAUAAAAUGAAAAUCUUUAAAAAAUAA